UCUUUAGUCACUGGCUGUUUAGCCUCACAGCUUGAGGAUAGGAGCUAUCAUUGAACCUGGUGGUCAGUCUUUAGGCUGCUGUACAGAUUGACGGACUGUAGAGGAUUGAACAUUUAUCCUUCUAUAUUUGGGGUUCUGAGAAUAAAACAACUUCAGAACAAUCAAUGUAGAAAUAUGUGUUUACAGUUCAAUAAGUGAUUGUUGUUGUUGUUGUUUACAAUGAUGAUGAUGACUACUGUAUAUAUUAGGAAUUUAUUUUUGCAUCAUGUCAGUUUAAGUAGACAGACGUAGACAGACAUGCAACACAUCACACACAUUACAUACAAACAUAGUGCAGUAGACUUACAGACAGACAGUAUUCACAUAGACAACCAUUUAGCACAAUACAACAAAACACAAUAUGAGCCUGGUUCAUUUUCAGUAAUGAGGCCCUGUACCCCAUUUACAGUUUCUACUUCAAUGUAUCAGGUGGAGUUAUUCACCAGCUAUAGAGUGAGUUGUUGUUUAUGUUUCUAAGACUGCAGGGUGGGAGAUGCAACAAUGGCCUUGAGAACAGCAGGAAGUGUGUUGGUGGUCUUUCUCUGGUCUGUGACAGUGGUACUGGGUCAGAAUGGCUGGAGUGUUACAUACACCACUCAGAGUAUCUGUACCUUGAAGGGGUCAUCAGUGGAUCUGUUCUGCUCUUACACAUAUCCCAGAGGUACAGUCACAACAACACUCUGGUUCACUAAAAUGGAGGCUGGUAAAGAACCUAAAGAUCUAGGUCAGGACCCAGAGUAUGCAGGUCGUCUGGAGUAUCAUGGAGAUAAGAAGAAAGACUGUACCCUGAAAAUCACAGACCUGAGAGAGAGAGACUCAGCUACGUACAAGUUCAGAUUAUUAACAGAUCAGGACGGAGGGAAAUAUUCUGGAAGUCCUGGAGUCACUCUGUCUGUUACAGCUCUGCAGGUGAAGAUAACUUCUAAAACUUUGCAAAAUUGGGUGACACUGACCUGUAGCACCACCUGUACUCUGACUGACAACCCCACCUACAUCUGGUACAAGAACGGACACAAAGUAAAGGAGGACACCUCCAGCCUGUACUCAGACUACUUUAGUGAUGCAGACAGUUACUCCUGUGCUGUAAAAGGCCAUGAGGAUCUCCACUCUCCUGCAGUGUGUGUUCAGGGUCAGAGCUGCAACAGAGUGACUUACACCAAGAGGGGAAUCUGUGUCUUGAAGGGGUCAACAGUGGACAUAUCCUGUACUUAUGUUAGUUAUUAUUCCACCACAUCAACAUUCUGGUUUAGAAGUGAUAAGUCGACCCCUGAAGACCUAACCACAGAACCAGGGUAUGUAGGUCGUGUGAAGUACACUGGAACAUACAGAGGUCCCUUCACCCUGAGAAUCACAGAUCUGAGAGAGGAGGACUCAGCUGAGUAUCGCUUCACUUUUAAAACAGACAACUUUGAAUGGGGUCAUAGUUUCCCAGGAACAACUCUGUCUGUCACAGGUCUGCAGGUGAAGGUGACUCCUGCUGCAGAGGGACAGAAGACACUGACCUGUAUCACCACCUGUACUCUGACUGACAACCCCACCUACAUCUGGUACAAGAACGGACAACGUCUAGAUGAGCCCACUUCCCAACAAUACUCUAGUAAUACCCUAGUAGUGUUGGGUCAUUCUGUGGACAGUUACUCCUGUACUGUAGAACACCAUGAGGACCUCCACUCUCCUGCAGUGUAUGCUCCAAGGAACCCCUCAGUGUCAGUCAGUCCCUCUGGUGAAAUAGUGGAGGGCAGUUCAGUGACUCUGACCUGCAGCAGUGAUGCCAACCCACCUGUGGACAAAUACACCUGGUACAAGAAGAACGUAACCUCACCAAAAGCAUCAGGACAGAGUUACAGCAUCACUAACAUCAGCUCUGAGGACAGAGGAGAAUAUUACUGUGAGGCCCAGAAUGGAAGAGGAUCUAUGAACUCUACAGCUCUGAUGAUCAUUGUAGCAGGGAAACAGACCUCAGUUGUGACUGCAGCUGUAGGAAUCAUAGUGGUUGUUCUGGUUCUCAUCCUCUGUCUCUCUGGACUCAUGUGGUUCAGGAGAUUCACAGGAGGAAGUGAUGCGACAACAGACACACAGAGUGUCCGUCCUGACUGUAACAGUGACACGUACACAGGUCUGAACAUGAGGACCAUGUCCCCUGACUAUGACACUCUGGCAAGUGUCAAUCCUGACCCUAACAGUGACCCCAACAGUGACAUGUACACACCUCUGAACAUGAAGACCAGGUCACCAGAGUAUGACACCCUGGCAAAUGUGAGGGGACCCUCCCACUUAAGAGAACCACCACAGAUCCUGGACUGAAGAGAACCACCACAGAUCCUGGACUGAAGAGAACCACCACAGAUCCUGGACUGAAGAGAACCACCACCGA